GAAUUUACAGCCAUGCGGGAGCAGUACAUGCGAGGCGGAGAGGGCUUCAUCAUCUGUUACUCUGUUACUGACCGCCAAUCAUUCCAGGAGGCUGCCAAGUUUAAAGAGCUCAUUUUUCAGGUCCGCCACACCUAUGAAAUUCCCCUGGUGCUGGUGGGUAACAAAAUUGACCUGGAACAGUUCCGCCAGGUCUCUACAGAAGAAGGCUUGAGUCUUGCCAGAGAAUAUAACUGUGCUUUUUUUGAGACCUCCGCAGCCCUUAGGUUCUGUAUUGAUGAUGCCUUUCAUGGCUUAGUGAGGGAAAUUCGCAAGAAGGAGUCGAUGCCAUCAUCCAUGGAAAAGAAACUGAAGAGAAAAGGCAGCCUCUGGAAGAAGCUGAAAGGCUCCCUGAAGAAAAAGAGAGAAGCCAUGGCAUGAUCUCCUUGCUGUUGAGUCCCUCUCUGUCUCUCUGAAUUUUAUCAGUCGGACAAUUCUGCUUCAGUAUUCUCUUUUCCUCUCUCUUUAUAUAUCUGCCUUUAGGUAGAAGUUAGAUCUGCAUAACUGUACCUCUCGAGAUAGUUUUGUUUUGCCUUUAACAGUUGGAUGGAUUUUGUCAAUCAGCCGGAUAUGCUGUUUAGUUUUUACAAUAUAUGACUAAAUAAAAUUGACAUUCCAAUUGCCUCA